AUUACUGUUUCACAGCUUCACCAACCCCUCUCUCUCUCUCUCUCUCUCCUAGUAAGAUACCAGACCAACCAAAAUGGAUUAGUCCCUUAUUAAAAUAAGAUAAGUACCUUAAAUCUAAGAUUACAAAACUGAGAAAAAAAAGUCGCCUCCUCAUCCGUCGGCGGGAGAAAAAUUCAGGGUAUGAUGUGGUUGAUGUGAAGACAACAAUCUUGGGGUUUUGAAUAGUUUGUGUACUGAAAAUUGUCUGAGAUGGAAGCAGCUAUUGCUCAAAGGUUUCAGUACCCAUCAUGGGUUGAUUGGAGAGAGUUUGAGAGGAAGCUGCCGCGUGGUUCAUUGCGGUAUCCUCAGCGAGCUAAGGAAGAGAAAAGGUUCAGGGGUCUUGCUUUGGCUCAUUUGCAACCUGAAAGAAGAAACAGAUCAGUUUCUUCAGAGGUUUCAUGUUCUGCUGAUAACUCUUCAGCAUUGUUGGAGGCUGGAAGUGUUUAUCCAUUUGAUGGAGAUUUAAUUCUCAAGAGAAAAGCAGAAGAGGUUAAACCGUUUUUGAAUGGACGAUCUAUGUACCUUGUUGGGAUGAUGGGUUCUGGGAAAACAACCGUGGGAAAGUUAAUGUCCAAAGCUCUUGGUUAUUCCUUCCUUGACUGUGACACUUUGAUUGAGGAGGCGAUGAAUGGAACUUCUGUGGCAGAGAUAUUUGAGCAUCAUGGAGAGAGUUUCUUUAGAGGAAAGGAGACCGAUGCACUAAAGAAACUCUCUUCGAUGUAUGAUGUUGUUGUUUCCACCGGUGGAGGUGCAGUUAUAAGACCCAUUAACUGGAAGUAUAUGCAUAAAGGAAUCAGCAUUUGGUUAGAUGUGCCUCUAGAAGCCUUAGCCCAUAGAAUUGCUGCCGUUGGAACUAAUUCACGACCAUUGUUACAUGAUGAAUCAGGAGAUGCAUACACAGUGGCUUUGAAGCGUCUUUCAACUAUUUGGAAUGAGCGCAGUGAAGCAUACUCAAAUGCAAAUGCCAGAGUAUCGUUAGAAAAUAUUGCAGCCAAGCGUGGCUAUAAAGAUGUCUCAGAUCUCACACCAACUGAAAUCGCCAUUGAGGCAGUUGAGCAAGUUCUGAGCUUUCUAGAGAAUGAAGAAACUAUGGAGAUCCCUGACGGUGACCUCUAAUUUCCCAGCCUCCUGUUCUCUGUCUCUUCAUUUAUCUGUUCAAUCAACUCAACGAAGCAAUCACCGGGCCAGGAAACAAGUUCAGAGACAAAGACGACCUCUAGUUACUGGUUCUGGGUCAUUGGAGCUUACAUUACACCAGCCUAAUUUUGACUGGAACAAUGCUUUGUUUAAAGAAGAUGCAAUAUGUGUAUAUAUAACUUAAUAAUACUCUUGCUGUUUCACUAUCAUUUUCCUUCUCUUUUCCUUGGAACAAAAUAUAGAAAAAGUAGCCGUAUUCGUCGUUUUGUUAA